AUGAUGUUCAAGCCCUCAUCGCCGCUUUUCUCGGGUCUUCUCUGGAAGAUCCCAUGGCGUAUCUCCGCCCCUCAGAAAGCGCGCCAACGCAAGCGUCUUCGCGCCGUCGACCGCGUCGUCGACACCGUUUCCGCCGCCCUGCAACGCAACGGAUUCCAGGCCAAGGCUGUCGAGCGCUGGUACCAGGAAAUGCCCCGUGAGGAAGAGAUGCUGCCCAAGGACAAGUACACAAUCUUCGACAAGAAGGAGAAGAAAUACCGCAAGGGUAUUCACAAGGUACCCAAGUGGACACGAGUCAGCCAGAGAGUCAACCCUCCUGGUUUCUAA